AUGCGUCUUUCCACCAUCCUCCUCGCUGUCCUCCCGGCCAUCGCCGCCGCCCAGAGCGACGCCUCGCCCAGCCUGACCACCGUCACCAGCACCUCCAAGACCACCAUCACCACCACCACCACCGACACGGCGCACCUCACCAAGACCGUCACCCUCUCGCGCGUCCACACCGUCGUCUCCAUCAACAGCACCGGCGUCAUCCUGCCCACUGGUGGCACCGUCACCCUGCCCAGCUCCACGGCACCCGCGUCCACCGCCGCCCCGACGACCCUGCCCACCAAGGGUCCCUCCAACGCCGGUGUUGCCCUCGACGCCGGCCGCGUCGCCCUGGCCGGUGUCGCCGGGAUGGUUGUCGCUGCUCUGUUGUAA